AUGGCCCCCAAAGCUAUCAUUGCCCCUUCCAUUCUCUCGGCUGACUUUGCCGAUCUCGGCGCGGCAUGCUCGAGGACUAUCAAGCAAGGUGCCGACUGGCUCCAUGUUGAUAUCAUGGACGGCCACUUCGUCCCCAACCUCACCUUCGGCCCCCCAGUUGUCGUCAAGAUCCGCUCCCAUGUUGAGAAGCCCGCCGAGUCCUUUGGCAAGGGCACCUUUGACUGCCACAUGAUGAUCGCUGAGCCCAAGAAGUGGGUCAAGGAGUUCAAGAACGCCGGGUGCGAUCUAUACUGCUUCCACUACGAGGCCGCCAUCAACUCGUCUGCUGCUGAGAGCCCCGAGGGCAAGUCGGACGAGAAGACGAGCCCGAGGGAGCUGAUCCGGUACAUUCAUGACCAGGGCAUGCUGGCCGGUAUUGCUAUCAAGCCGGCUACUCCCGCUAAUGUGCUGUUUGAUUUGAUUGAGAGCGAAGAUCCUAAGGAGAAGCCUGAUAUGGUUUUGGUUAUGACUGUCGAGCCUGGGUUUGGUGGUCAACAGUUCAUGGCUUCUGAGCUGCCCAAGGUGGAGGAGUUGCGGAAGCGGUACCCGGACUUGAACAUUGAGGUUGAUGGUGGGCUGGGACCUGGCACGAUCGACCAGGCUGCGGACGCGGGUGCCAAUGUUAUUGUUGCUGGCAGUGCGGUGUUCGGUGCGAAGGAUCCCUCCGAGGUGAUUUCUCUGCUCAGGGAGGCCGUCGAGAAGAGGAGUGGCAAGUUAUAG